UUUUUCUUCUGGGUUUAAAAGAGCCACUAAAGCCUGUAUUUCCAUUAUCAUAUAUAUCAUACUGAUCUUUUGGAAAGCUUUUAAGGAAGACUCUCAAGGAACAGAGUCAUGGGUUUUCUCAAGAUUCAUGUCCAGCGAGGAAUCAACCUUGCUGUCAGAGACAUCGUUACCAGCGACCCUUACGUUGUUCUCAAACUGGGCAAGCAGAAGUUAAAAUCGCGUGUGAUGAAGGCAAAUGUGAAUCCUGAAUGGAAUGAAGAUUUCUCUCUUUAUGUUACAGAUCCAAAACUUCCUGUCGAGCUUUGUGUGUAUGACAAAGACACGUUCAGUUUCGAUGACAAAAUGGGGGAGGCAGAGAUUGAAAUAGCUCCAUUACAUAAAGCCGCAAAGAUGCACUUGAAAGGCAUACCAGAUGGAACUGUACUUUCGAAAAUACAACCAAGCAAUCAAAACUGCCUCGUCGAAGAGAGCUGCAUAACUUGGACCGGUAGCAGAGUCGUUCAGAAUAUGAUUCUGAGACUCAGAAAUGUGGAGUGUGGGGAAGUUGAACUACAAUUGCAGUGGGUUGAUGUUUCCUAAUCUAAACAGCUGAUAGAGAUUUUCAUCUCUCUUUCUCUCAGACUCAGUUUCCGCUGCUAUCUGGUUUUAGUUUAUAGUCUGUAAUUGGAGCUUGCUAUACAUUAUUAGCAUUAUCAUUCAUAUAUAUAUAUAUAUAGAUAUAGAUUCAUUUGGUUCAAUUUUUUCAUAUGGAUCGAAGAAUUUGAUUGGGAUAUAAAGAAUGCUAUCCACCAAUAUGUGAGUUAUUGAUGCAUUUUUUUGGUAAACAUUUAUGCACUAUGUUAUUUUUUUGGGCUAGAGAGGCUUCCUUCUUGCCAUUGUAUUGUAUAUUUGUGAGUAGAGUUUGUCACAUAAAGAAUGCUAUCACCAAUAUGUGAGUUAUUGAUCCAUUUUUUCAGUAAACAUUUAUGCUCUAUGUUAUUUUUUUGGGCUAGAGAGGCUUCCUUCUUGCCAUUGUAUUGUAUAUUUGUGAGUAAAGUUUGUCAUAUAAAGAAUGCUAUCCGCCAGUAUGUGAGUUAUUGAUGCA